GAACUAGCCGUUACGCUCCUUCCCCUUCUCAUCUCAUCUCAUCCCCCAAAAUUCCAUCUCAUCACGCCUCAACGGCUACUUCCCCUUCUCCGAUCCGAUCCGAUCCGCCACCUCCCAUGGCCGCCGCCGCCUCCUCCUGCGCGUUGCCACGUCCGGUGGCCUCGGCCGACAUGCCUCCGCCCCCGCCGCCGCAGCUCAACACCACCACCACCACCGCGCCUCGCCCGCGCCGCCGCGCACGGGAGGUCAGCUCCAGAUACCUCUCCACCCCCGCCCCCUCAUCCUCCUCCUCCUCCUCCCCGCGCCUCUCCACCUCCUCCUCCUCGUCGCGCGCCUCCUCCCCCACCCCGUCCCCGCGCGCCCACACCCGCGUCGCCACCCCCUUCGCCAACGAGAACCAUCCCCCGGCUCCUCCCCCCUCCACCGGCUCCCGCAGGCGCGCCGUACAGAAGCUGUUCGGCGAUAUCGCCAACCCGCGAGCAUCCGUAUCGUCUGCCGCCGGGGCCGCCACGCCCAGGCACCUGCCCCGCUCCUGCAGCGGGCCGAUCCCGGCCACGGCGCGGAGGGGCUACCCGCGCCCUCCGACGCCCGCGCGAGCCUCCUCCUGCCCUUCAGCCGCGGACGAUGCCGCGUCGUGCUGCUCCACGGACUCGUCCUCCACACUGACUGACUUCUCUGAGCCUGACGGGAUCGUGGUAGCAGCAGCACCCUGCGAGAGCCCGCCGCUGCUCGGUCCGGCGUCCUGCCGCGGCGGCCGCCUGUCAUCGGAGCUCCGCUCAUCGGUGCCGGAGUCAGGUGGGUCGACACGGGGGGCUAUCCCGCUGUGCCACCGGUCGCUUAAUUCGGCUCUGUCGAGUUGCCAGGCUCCAACUGGGAAGGUGAUGGCGGCGCCAAGGCCACCGCAGCCGCAUGGGACGAAGAUAGCAGAGUUGAAGAAGGCAUCGGUGGUUGGGGGGAGAAAGGUUGCCGGGAAGCAGGAGGACGUGCACCAGCUGCGACUGCUGGACAACCGUUACGUUCAGUACAGGUUCCUGAGUGCCCGGGCAGAGGCCGCGGCCAAGGUCAAGGCUGCUGCGGCAGAGAACUCCCUCUUCGGUCUCGCAGAGAGAAUUUCCGGGCUGCGAGAAUCAGUUGCUGGCAAGCGAGCAGAGGUGGAGAAGAUCAAGAUGGUUCAGAGAUUGUGCUCUAUUGUUAGUGACGAGGUGCCGUAUUUGGAUCAAUGGAGUGAGGUUGAGGAGUUUUAUUCUAGCUGUCUUACCGGCGCAACAUCAGCGUUACAUAAGGCCUCACUGCGGCUUCCAAUCCUUGGGGGUGUUAGGGUAAACUGCGAGGAAAUCUCGGAGGUUAUUGACUCUGCAGUGCAACUGCUAGAACCAGUAACUCCAUGUGUUGGAAAUUUAUUGCCGAAGGUUGAAGAAGUUGAUGGAGUAGCUUCUAACCUCGCCCAAGUAAUUGCCAGUGAAAGAGCCUUGAUAGAAGAGUGUGGGAAUCUACUGUAUCAAGCGCAACAUAUGCAGAUGAGGGAGUGCAGCCUGAGAAGCCAGCUGAUGCAACUGAAAAGCUGAAGCAACAAAAAUGGAGCAAGGACAGAAAAUGAACACGGUAUUCUGUCAUUUGUUCCGACCAGUGGAGCUAAUUGUGCUCACCAUUGGCUACAUUUCAAGUAGGACGGAAAGGUGGCCUGAUCGUACAAACUGAAAGGAAGAAGUGUCCUUCAGAACAAGAAUCCCUGAUUCUUUCUGGUAUAUAUGCCAUUUUGUUUUCUAGUCAUUUUUGCUGUUGUCUUUGUGUAGCCGUGGAAAGAACCGAUAGAAGCAUUGUCUUCUACAUUAUCAAAAUUCGUUGAUUCUUCGUAUACAUGCUCAAAUAGUGUUGUUAUUUUCUUCUUGCUUCUGGAGCAACUUUUCAUAGAUGACUUGUUUGAAGGAUGCUGCGGCCGUUUCCUCUUUCACCCCUAUUAAAUGGGUUCAUUACUUCA